GGCUGGGCUCAGGGUAUCGUCUCAGGGAGGAGUCGGGUGGGGAAAUGGGACAGGCGAGUUUGCGGGGUACUUUUUUCCCCGCUGUAAGUCCUUUUUCAAGAACAUUUCAAGCACCUUUCUGGCCUUUCUCCUGAAGGAAUAGCCUCUCCGCCGUCACCCAUGGCCCCAGCGUCCUCUUCUCAACCGACCUGGCGGUUAAGGCGGAUCCGAGAGAUGACAAAUGUAUGAUGUUUGAUGAGUGAGAAGAAAGAUUUGUCGCUUAAUGAUUGAUGUUGUGAACCAGUUCCCCAGACACCAGUGUACUAAGAGAAAUCAGGAUCAACCUAUGAACUUAAAUUUACCAUCUUCUCUGAAGUGACCUUCUGAGUAAGAAGUAGAAGAUUGAGGAAAAUUUCACCACCAGUUUUACAGGAUGGCAGCCAUUGAUCUGACUCGUGUGUGUGGUCUUCUUUCUUGGGACCCUUUCUGUCUUCAUGAGAGGAAAACAGAGGAGGCAAGGAUGGUGACUGGGUCACUAACAGAUUCUUAUCAGGACUUGGUGACCUUUGAAGAUGUGGCUGUGGACUUUACCAAAGAGGAGUGGACUUUGCUGGAUGAAAUGCAGAGAGAUCUCUACAGAGAUGUGAUGCUGGAGAACUACAGGAACCUGGUUGCAGUAGGGUACAGAUUAUGCAAACCUAAUCUGAUCUCUCGAUUGGAACAAGGAGAAGAACUGAGGACCAGGGAGAGAGGAGUUCUGCAGAAAUUAUAUUUGCAAUUCAAAAGGAGAAAAGCAUCCACACCUCGAGAUAUUUUUGGGAAAAGAACAUCAAAUGGAAUAGAAUUGGAGAGAAGCAAUGUUGGAAAGGAACUAUAUGAUUGUAACCAAUGUGGAAAAAUCUUUAGUGAACACUCAUGUCUUAUGACUCACAUGAAAACCCACAUUGGAGAGAAAACAUCUAUGGAUAAUCAGAAUGGAAAAGACUUCAAAAAGAACUUAAUUCAUAUUCUGCACAAGAAAAUCCAUGUUGGGGAGAAACUUUUUUUUCAGCAUGAAAAAGCCUUCACUCCACUUUCAAAUCUUACUGGGCCCAAGAAAAAUCAUACACAAGAGAAAUUGUAUGAAGGCAAAGACUGGGGGAGAAACUUUACUAAUGAGUCAUAUCUUAAAGUACAUGUGAGAUCUCACAUCGGAGAAAAACCCUAUGUAUGUAAGGAAUGUGGGAAAGCUUUCACUAAUUCAUCUUACUUUACAGAACAUAAAAGAAUUCACAGUGGAAAGAAGCCCUACAUAUGUAUGGAAUGUGGGAAAGCCUUUACUCGAUCCACAGGACUGACUUUACAUAUACAGAUACACAACGGAGAAAAACCAUUUGAAUGUAAGGAAUGUGGGAAAGCUUUCAUUCAUUCCUCAUACCUUACAAAACACACAAGAAUUCACAGUGGAGAGAAGCCUUAUGUGUGUAGGAAAUGUGGGAAAGCCUUUACUCUUUCCUCAGGACUUAAGUUGCACAUCAGAACUCACACUGGAGAAAAACCAUAUGAAUGUAAGGAAUGUGGGAAAGCCUUCACUAGUUCCUCACACCUUACAGAACAUACAAGAAUUCAUAGUGGAAAAAAGCCCUACAUAUGUAUGGAAUGUGGGAAAGCCUUUACUCGAUCCACAGGACUUAUUUCACACAUACAGAUUCACAAUGGAGAAAAACCAUUUGAAUGUAAGGAAUGUGGGAAAGCUUUCCUUCAUUCCUCAUACCUUGCAAAACACAUAAGAAUUCACAGUGGAGAGAAGCCCUAUUUAUGUAAGGAAUGUGGAAAAGCCUUCUAUCGUUCUUCAGGACUUCUUUUACACAUGCGAAAACACACUGGAGAAAAACCCUGUGAAGGUGAAUGUGGGAAAGCCUUUAAUAAUUCCUCAAUGCUUAAUCAGCAUGUAAAAACUCAUACUAGAGAGAAGCCAUAUGAAUGCAGGGAAUGUGGGCAAGCUUUUACUCAAUCAUCGGGCCUUACUACACACUUAAGAAUUCACACUGGAGUGAAAACCUAUGAAUGUGAAGAAUGUGGGAAAGCAUUUAUUCAUUCCACACAUCUUAACGUGCACAUGCGAACUCACACUGGGUAAAAGCAUUAUAAAUGUAAGGAAUGUGGGAAAGCCUUUAGAUAUUCCACAUGCCUUAAUAUUCACAUGCAAACCCACGUUGGAGAAAAACCCUAUAUAUGUAAGGAAUGUGGGAAAGCCUUCACUAAUUCCUCACACCUUACAGAACAUGUAAGAAUUCACAGUGGAGAAAAGCCUUAUGUGUGUAAGGAAUGUGGGAAAGCCUUCACUCAGUCCUCAGGACUUAUGUUACACAGCAGAACUCAUACUGGAGAAAAACCAUAUGAAUGUAAGGAAUGUGGGAAAGCUUUCACUGAUUCCUCAAGUCUUAAUCAACAUGUAAGAAUUCACAGUGGAGAAAAGCCAUAUCAAUGUAAGGAAUGUGGGAAAGCCUUUACCCAAUCCUCAGGCCUUACUGUACAUUUAAGAACUCACACUGGAGAGAAGGCCUAUGAAUGUAAGGAAUGUGGGAAAGCUUUUACUCGUUCCACAAGCCUUAAUAUGCACAUGCGAACUCAUACUGGAGAAAAACCCUAUGAAUGUAAGGAAUGCGGGAAAGCCUUUAGAUAUUCCACAUGCCUUAAUAUUCAUAUGCGAACCCACACUGGAGAGAAACCCUACAAAUGUAAGGAAUGUGGAAAAGCCUUCAUUCAGUCUUCAGCACUUUCUAAACAUAAAGUGUCUCACACUGGAAGCAAACCCUAUCAGUGUGAGGAAUGUGGAAAAGCUUUCCAUUUUCUUGCUUCUUUUAAGAAACAUGUGAAAACUCUCAUUGAAGAGAAACCUUAUGAAUGUAAGGAAUGCACCAAAGCCUUUAAUUGUUCCUCAUCCUUUAGGACACAUGUGAAGAGUCAUACUGCAAAGAUAAAGUAUGAAUGUAAGGAAUGUGGGAAAGCCUUUAGUUGUUCCUCAUCCCUCACAGAACACAAAAGAAUUCAUAGUGGAGAUAAGCCUUAUGAAUGUAAAGAAUGUGGGAAGGCCUUUAGUUGUUCCUCUUCCCUCUCUAAACACAAAAGAAUUCACAGUGGAGAUAAGCCAUAUGAAUGUAAGGUAUGUGGGAAAGCCUUUAGUUCUUCCUCCCACCUUAUAAUACAUAUAAGAAUUCACACUGGAGAGAAGCCUUAUGAAUGUAAGGAGUGUGGUAAGGCCUUCAGUGAGUCAUCAAAACUCACUGUACAUGUGAGAACACAUACUGGAGAGAAACCCUAUAAAUGUAAGGAAUGUGGAAAAGCCUACAAUUGUCCCUCCUCCUUGAGUAUCCAUAUGAGAAAACACACGGGAGAAAAACCCUAUGAAUGUCUGGAAUGUGGAAAAGCCUUCUAUCUUCCUACUUCCCUUAAUACACAUGUGAAAAAUCAAAGUAGAGAGAAACCCUAUGAAUGCAAGGAAUGUGGGAAAGCUUUUAGUUGUCCCUCAUCCUUUAGAGCGCACGUGAGAGAUCACACUGGAAAAAUACAAUAUGAAUGUAAGGAAUGUGGGAAAGUCUUUAGUCGUUCCUCAUCACUUACUGAACACUUAAGAACGCACAGUGGAGAGAAGCCUUACGAAUGUAAGGAAUGUGGAAAAGCCUUUAUUAGUUCCUCGCAUCUUACAGUACAUAUAAGAACUCAUACUGGAGAGAAACCUUACGAAUGUAAGAAAUGUGGAAAAGGCUUUAUUUAUCCCUCAGCUCUUAGGAUUCAUAUGCGAACACACACUGGGGAGAAACCCUAUGAAUGUAAGGAAUGUGGGAAAGCCUUCCGUCAUUCUUCAUACCUGACUGUACAUGCAAGAAUGCACACUGGAGAGAAACCAUUUGAAUGCCUUGAAUGUGGGAAAGCCUUCAGUUGUCCCUCAUCCUUUCGAAGACAUGUAAGAAGCCACACUGGAGAGAAACCAUAUGAAUGUAAGGAAUGUGGAAAAGCCUUUGUUUGUCCUGCCUACUUUCGAAGGCAUGUGAAAACUCACAGUAGAGAAAACAUAUGACCGUGAGGAAUAUGGGAAUGUCUAUAAGAUUUUUUUCAAAUGUUAGACAACAGGAGAUACCAUUCUCUGGAGACACCCUAUGAAAAUAAGGAAAGUUAUCAGUUGUUGCCCAUCCUUUUUAAACGUUUUGAGAAUUCAGACCACCUGUGUAUGGAAGUCAUGUGGGAAAGCUUUUAUGAACAUCACUUAUGCAUAAUAGAAUUCAGAUUGGAAGUGAAGUCUUAAAUAUCUUUAUCAGUGUUUUUAAAAUGGACUACUAGCUCUAAUUUUCUAGCUUUUAUUUUCUGACAUGACUAUAUAAGGUGAUAGGUUUCCCGCUAAUACCUUUUUAGCUCUAGCUACGUUUUAAUAUGAGGCGUUUUUUUAUCAUGGUUGAAGUUAGAAAUAUUGUAUUCCCUUACAAACUCUUUUGGACCUGUGGAGGAUGUGGUUUUUUUUUUUUUUUUUAAACAUAUAUGCAAGUAAGAGUGGUGAUUUUAAACAUUGGUUUUAAUUUCCAUUAUUUUCUAAGCAUGAAGUCAUUAUGGUACUGACACAUAGAUAUUUUGGGGGAAUUUCUUUUUGGUUCACUGUGCCAGAUAUUGGAAAUUGCUUUCCCAAUAUUUACCUACCUUUUUUUUGGCUAUCAGAUUUUACUCUUAAAAGACUUUCCUGUUCAAUUAAGUAAAUUCAGCAGAAGUAAGUGUACAAAGCUCUUGGAAGAGGAUGGUCUUAACUGAUGUGCAGUUUUUGUAUUUUGUCCUUCGUUCUUUCUGAGAAUUGGACCCAAUGUUUUGAGUUAAAAAAGGUGUUGUGACAUGAAGAUGAAAGCUAGAAGUUAACUUUGGUGUGGCUGGGGACUAUAUUUCCCAGAAUUACUUCUUUGUUGGGCUCCUGGUUAAAGUUGUUUAGCGGAGCUUGCAAGAGAUUUAGAAGACAUAAGGGGAGGAGCUAUUACUUUCGGUUUAGUGAAUUCAUCAUACAGGGGGACAGAUGCAUAGGGGCCUGUGGACUCCAGUUUCCAGCUCAUUUUCCUGAUUAUUAGACCCACAUGAAUACUGACUGGUUUAGAACAAUAUUAAGGGCCUUUCAGUUAGUGGUGACAGCUCCAUAGACAUCUCCAUCUUCCCCAACAUAUCUUUUUUGAUUUUCUGGCAAGCUCAUUAUCGUUUUGCUGAUACUACAGUCUCUCUGGCACAUCAACCAAAUACAGAGUUGGACCCAUUUUGGGGCAAGGUUGUCAUCCUGCUCAUGGGGAAAUACACAUCUGUGCAGCAAGUCUACUCUGAUCUUGUAAAAGCAAGAAGAGCUAUGGACAGUGACAGGAAAAUUAUCCUAGGCAUAAUUGAGGUAAGCGUUACACAGAGGUGUUAUCCCAUUUUAGUGGAGAAGGCUUUGUAUUUGACACCUUCAAACCUGGAAGGUUUUACUGCCUUUUCAUCUGAGAAGAUAAAAGAUACUUGGUUUGAGGUUCUUCAGGUACAUUUAGCUACCCUCUGUCCUUCUGUUGUAUUUUCCCUUUUUCUCUAAAAGUAUACCUGUAUCACUUCUUUCAUCAAUGUCUACUUUGUUAUUAAGGUAUACAUACACUAACUCGUGCAUGAAGUGUGCUAAUCUUAAAGUGGCCAGCUUGAUGAAAUUUCACAUAUGUGUACCCUGAUAAACAGAACAUUUCCAGGACUCCAGAAAGUUCAUUCAUAUCUCUUCUCAGUAAUUAUCCCACAGAAACAGCAACAAUUCUGACUCAUAUUGUACUUGAUUAGGUUAGGUUUUCUUGUUUUUCAUCUUCAUGUAAAUGUUAAAUAGGUAUAGUUUUGUGUUUGGCUUUUUUUUUUCUCAAGUGUCUGAAAUUCAUCUGCUGCAUUUGUCACUAGUUUGUCUUUUAAUAACUUUUUGGUAGGCUUAUGCACCCAUUUCUCUUGGUAUAUAUGUAGGAAUGAGGCUACUGAAUCAUAGGGUGGGCUUUAUGUUUAAUUAUGGUAGGUCUUCAGUUUUUCAAAAAGAUUGGUUCAACCUAUAGUCCCAAAAGCAAUGUAUGAGAGUUCUAGUUCCAUAUACCUUGCCAACACUUUAUAAUGUCAGUCACUGAGCAGAGGAUAUGGUUAUAUUUUGUUUUCAGUCUUAAUUUGCAUUUGCCUGAUACAUAAUGAUGCUGACUACUUUUUCACAUGCUUGUUGGCCAUUUAGAUCUCUUCUAUGAGGGUACCUGUUCAGGCAUUUUGUUCAUUUUUUGGUUUGAUUGGAAGGGCUUCCUUCUGGUUACAUGCCAUUUAUCGUAUGUAUAUGUAUAUAUAAACAGAAAUAUAUAUAUAUUAUGUAUGUGUGUAUACCACUAUAUAUACAUACAUAUAUAAACAAUGUAUUAUAUAUUAUAGAUACAUGUAAUAUGAAUGUUAUACAUACACAUACAUUACAAAUAACUGCCCAUUUCUACCUUGUCUUUCCACUCCUUUCAUCUUUGUAAGCUAUAAAGGGAAUUUACUAGUUCGGUUACUGAAAAGUUUUUGGGUAUAAGUAACUGCAGACAUGGCUGGAUCCUGGGGCUAAAAAGAUGUUAUCUGGAUGAGGUCUGUCACCAUAUCUUAGCUGUGCAUCCUCCUGUAUUGACUUUUCUCCUAAGCAGGCUGUUUCUCUUCAUAGCGGACCCCAGAAGCUCUAGGCUGCUCUCUUCCUGGGUUGAAGUCUUGGGGAGAAGAGAAUGAUCUUUCUGAGCUGUUCCAGUAUAAUUAUCAGCAUUGAAUCAUAAUGGCUCUGAUUGGCUCACUUGCCAACCAAGAUCCAAUCACUGGCCAGGAAGAAUAGGAUACUGAUUUAGGACUAGCUCGCAUGCUUAUCUAGAAACGAGUUGGAGUCUGUCAGAGUCUGGACAGUUGUGAUGCACAUAAAGAGGGGAGGAGGCAACAGUGGGCAGGUGGAUUGAACUUGCAGCUGGGAUCUAGAAAUUGAGCUAAUAUUGUCAGCUAGCUUGUGCUAGCUGGUCUUAGCAGUGGGAGGGAACUAGGAGUUCUGAGAAGUCAGCAAGAGCUAGGCAGUUCCUAGAAAUCCUCUCAAGUCAAGCACCAUAUGAUAGCAUGUUUUUAAAUUGCUAAAGAUUGCUUCUCAAUCUUUAAUAAACAUAAAAAUCAAGUGGAGAUCUGAGUCCUGCUUAAGAAAUAUUUGCUCAGGCCAAGAUAAUGUAUUUUCCUGUUUUUCCCCCCCAGACUCUAUUGUUUAAUCUUCUAUAUUUAGAUCUGUGAUCUAUUUGAAUAAUUUAUUUAUAUGCUACAAGGUGGGAUCAGGGUCUGUGUGUGUAUCUUCUGUUGAUCAGAAUAAUGUAUCAAAUAGACCAUGUUUUCACCUCUGUGAAAUCUUUGUACCUGGUUCAUUUUUUUCUUGUACCAAUACUGCACUAUCUUAAUUUAUGUUGCUUUACUGUAUUUUUGGGAAUCAGGUAAUGAGAGCCUUCCAACUUUUUUAUUCUUCAAGAUUGUCUUGUCUUCUCUACUUUCCACUGAUUUCUAUACUAAUUAUAGUAUUUCAUCAGUUUUUAAAAAUCUACGACUGGAAUCACACUGCUUUUAAAAUAGAACAUUUUGAGGAAAAUUAACAUCUUUGUGAUAGUGAGUCUUCCAGCUGCUGAACGUUUACCUAGGUUCAUUUAUUUACCUAGGUCUUCAAUUUCGUUUAUCAGUGUUUUAUAGUUUUAAUUGUAGGGGUCUUGAAUGUCUUUGUUUAUUUCUGGUAUGUGUUACUUUGUAAAUAUUGUUAAUUUAUUAAUUUCCUUUUUCAGUUUUGGCUAGUAUAUAGAAUUGCAAUUUUGUUUUGUACUUGACCUUAUAGCCAGUGAUAUUUACAAAUUCAAUCAAUUAUUCAGAUAGUUUGUGGAUUAUUUUGGAUUUUCUAUGUGUACAAUCAUGUCAAUAUCAAUAAAAGAAUGUUUUUAAUUUCUGAA